ACCAAACCAGGCAGCGGGCUGUGUAAAUCCGGACCCUUGGCUCUCUUUGGAAACGUGGUGUACAGUGGUCUGCUGGGAGACCAUUUCUGGCAUUUUGGAGUGCCCCUCAUCUCCAGACUGGGUAACCAGGAGGCUGCAGCUCCUCCAGAGGCCAUGACUCAGCCGUACGCUCCGGCGCAGUACCCCCCUCCCCCGCCCCAGAACGGAAUCCCCGGCGAGUACGCCCACCCCGCCCAGGAGUACACGGGCCCCAGCGCCGUGCCCGAACACGCCGCCCUCACCAUUUACACGCCAACACAGACACACAGCGAACCGGCGGGCACAGACAACAGCACCCCCUCCCUCACGGGCACCAGCACCGUACAGCAGGUAGACGAGGUUGCGCAGACAGAGGGCUCCCAGCAGCUGCAGCUGCAGCAGUCGGACGUGUCGGAGAAACCGCAGCCCAAGCGGUUACACGUCUCCAACAUCCCGUUCCGCUUCCGGGACCCGGACCUGCGACAAAUGUUUGGGCAAUUUGGGAAAAUUUUAGAUGUGGAAAUUAUUUUUAAUGAGCGGGGCUCUAAGGGCUUCGGCUUUGUUACUUUUGAAACGAGCGCAGACGCGGACCGUGCGCGGGAGAAACUAAAUGGUACAAUCGUAGAAGGACGCAAAAUCGAGGUAAACAAUGCAACAGCAAGAGUAAUGACAAACAAGAAAGUGGCCAACCCUUACACAAACGUAACGUCUCUCUCUCUCUCUCUCUCUCUCUCUCUCUCUCUCUCUCUCUCUGCAGUGACGGGCUUCCCGUACCCAGCCACGGGGGCAACGGUGGCAUACAGAGGUGCCCAUUUGAGAGGACGGGGACGCGCAGUCUACAACACGUUCCGCGCUGCACCCCCUCCCCCUCCGAUUCCUGCCUACGGAGCUGUUGUUUACCAGGAUGGCUUCUAUGGUGCGGAGAUCUACGGGGGCUAUGCAGCCUACAGGUAUGCCCAGCCAGCUGCAGCAGCUGCAGCAGCCUACAGUGACAGCUAUGGCAGAGUCUAUGCAACAGCAGAUCCAUACCACCACACAAUUGGACCUGCUGCCACCUACAGUGUGGGCACUAUGGCUAGCCUUUACAGAGGAGGUUACAGUCGCUUCACACCUUACUAA